GCAGAGGACGGGGUGGCCUGUGGGGGGUGCAGGAGGAAGUUGAGAGGUGCAUGUGGGGGUAGUGUGGGUUGAGCAGAGGGUGCGGAGAGGCUGUGCCCAGGGUAGGUGUGGCAGCCCGUUGGUUGAGUGGAGGUGGAGUGGCGAAUGGGCGGUGCUGCCCCCUGCUCCAGCCUGUUUUUGCUAUUUGCUCUCUGGUUUGAGGUCGCCUGCAGCCUGAGUCUACCCCAGGCCAUUAUUUAAAUGCCUUUCCCUAGUGCCUGGGAGCUCAGUAGUCCGAGACAUCCAGGGCUGAUGAUCUGUGCUCCAGUCCUUCAAACUCCACCGAUCACAGGGGAUUAUGAACUCUUUUGGGCAGCAGCCCGCAAAUCCACAGUCGGCCCCCCUCCAGCAUCCCAAUGCACAGGAUUUACUGGACAUGGCGGUGUACUGUGAUAACCUAAUGUACCCGCAAAACCUGCACCACCAUCACCACCCACAGAGGCCAUCAGCUCAUCCAGCAGGCUAUGGGCUGAGCGAAUAUAGCCCCCCAGCAGCGAACCCCUACCUCUGGAUCAAUGGACCUGCCAUCAACUCGUCUCCUUAUCUCUCUGGGACUAAUGGGACUUCUUUCAUCCCCUCAGGUUAUGGGACCAGCCAGAGACAGUUCCUGGCCCCUGCAUCAGGCUUUGCAGGGGCAGAUCUCAGCUGGUUAUCUCUCUCCAGCCAGCAGGAGUUUUUUAAAAUGGUGAGGCCCCCCUACUCCUACUCGGCUCUGAUAGCGAUGGCCAUCCAAAACGCUCCGGAGAAGAAGUUGACCUUGAGUCAGAUUUACCAGUACGUGGCCGAAAACUUCCCUUUUUACAAGAAGAGCAAAGCUGGCUGGCAGAACUCCAUCAGGCACAACCUGUCCCUCAACGACUGCUUUAAGAAAGUGCCCAGGGAUGAAGACGAUCCAGGGAAAGGCAAUUACUGGACCCUAGACCCGAACUGCGAGAAAAUGUUCGACAACGGCAAUUUUCGAAGGAAGAGGAAAAGGCGGUCGGACGCUCAUGGGUCCAGCGCCCCGGGAGCGCCCCACAAAGCGGAAGACAAGAGCGGCGGUGCCUUGAAGUCUCCAGACUCCUCGGGCCUGGGGGGCCUGGGCUCCCCUGCACCGCAGCACUCUCCCGCCGCCGGGAGCGGGCCCAAGUCCUCCCCCACGCCCGCGCUCCAGCGGAGCCCGUGUUUCUCCAGCUUUGCCUCCAACAUGCAGGCCAUUGUCCAUGGGAACCAGGGCUUCGCGAGGCAGCUCUCGGGAGGGCUGGCGGGCGAGUUUUCACACGGGAGGCAAGAUGUGCCUGCUCCGAGUUCCUGCUCCGCUUCCAGCAGCGGCACUGCCCAGAACUCCGAACCGAGUCCCCUGGCCCACUCGAGAAUGAACGGCUGCGCCAGCGGCCAGCCAAGUGGGCUCAUUAACAGCUUCAGCGUCAACCAUCUGAUUUAUAGCAGGGAGGGGACAGAAGUUUGAACUGACUGUGGAAUAACUUCGGUGCAAAUCACAGAAGCCAUGUUCUGUGCCUAGAAGUUUGUACAUACCGUGGUACCCAAAAUAGUUUCUUGUUAGUUUUGGACACUGUGUUAUUGUGCCUUAGAACGAACACACACACACACACACACACACACACGAAUUAAAUGUCUAUAGACUCUAUUUGACUGAGGUGUCCCCACACCCAGAAUCCCAUCCAGUAGUUUGUUUACAGUAUUGAUGCUAUGCAUACAGAUCUAGACGACUGACCUUAACAAAAUGCACUAAUACACAAGAUAGGAAUAUUUUUGUAAUAUAUACAUUAUAUAUAAUGGCUCUGUACAGCUGUUAGAAUAAAGUAACCCUUUUUUGAAAAUCGAGGUGAGAGCGCCUAGACGUGACAUUCCCAUGUAAUGUGCUGCUGAUCUCUGCAAUCUAGGUAACAAAAAGCUCCCCAAUCGUGUGGGUUUUUUUUUUUUUUUUUUUAAUUCUAACGCGAUGCAAAACUAUUUUCUUCUUUUCUACGUUUUAUGGAAUUAUAACAUUUUUCCAUCUAAUACUUAAAAUUAAAAUGGCUUUUCCUGACAGACGACAAUGAGGUUUAUUUGUUCUUUCAGGUUUUUCCGUUUAGAAAAUGACUUCGGGGUUUCAAACUGUCAUUGUUCUGUAUACACGGUAUAUUUUUCAGUCUGAGAGGCACCAGUCCCGGAAUGCUAAUGUUGGCAAUACCAAAAAGAGGCUCUUUCAGCUUGGUAUAAUUGAGAUAUUGGACACACUAUAUGCAUGGUAUCCAUUUUAUUCUUCUCCAGACUUUAACAGCAUAACAAGAGUUUGGUUUAAACAAACGGGUGCCUUCUUAAACUAAAAUAAUGUCUACAAAUAAUUCUCACUGGGAAUUUAACACAGAAUUGAAGCCAGUUAACUGCAAAGUUGUUCUUCGGUGCUUUAAUACAUUCAAGUAAAGCGCAGUAUUUGCCCGAUACUGAUUUUGGAAACCUGGUGUCUGUCAUCGAAGUUAACAUUUGUCCUGAAACCUGGUGAGCUGAUAAGGGCUUUCGAGCAGAUAGGAUGGAGGGUGAAUGGAGUGGAGUACAGCAGCUUUGCUAUCAGACAAACGCUCGUGCGAAUAAGAGCUGGGAAAGACUUUCCGGUCUGGUAGGAAGGUCAUUCGGAAUCGAAACGCCAAAUACCUGAGAUUAAACCGAUUUUUCGACAAGACAAAAUGGAGCUUAAGGCCCCCCAAAAGGAGAAAAAUAUCACCUCAAGGCUGCUAUUGGAAACGCCAUUUCUAAUUCAGUCUUUUCUGAGGGGUUUUGCUUCGGAUUGGGCCUUUAUUCAGGGAACCGGCCAUGAAAUUGAUUUGUCAAACAUAUACAUGAUUUGUAAAUACAUCUGAACUGGGGAGAUCCUCAGCCAGUUUAUACCAGCUGAGGAUCCGGCCUUCUGACUAUACUAUAGUCAUUAAAUGUUUGCUAUAUUUAAAAACAAGCGAACAAAACAAUCCGAUCGCAGUCAUGUUCCUUCCACUGAGAUCUCUCUCAAGGCGCCGGUGGACUUUAAGGAGCACAGAGCCAAGGAACCAUUCUUGAUCCUAUGCGAGUCUAACUGCCAAAUGGUUUACCAUGGCUGCAAGCGCUAGGAAGAUAGUUACAGCUGUGCGGAGUUCUCCUGCAGCCAGGAAAACGUACCACCUCCUGCAAUGUGUGUCGAAAGGAGACUUCACUAGUGGAAGGAUCUGUGUUAAGUAAAUCGAGUAUCUCUUAAUACCUAGCUUAUUUUAGGACGACAACCGACUGCUCCAGGCUACAUCAGUUCUAGCCAACUACUGGCCAGUGUCAAAUCUUCUCUUCCUGAGCAAGCAACGCAAUAUACAUGGCCAUGAAGCCAUCAGCACUUAGGAAACUCCAGCUGGUACACAACACUACAGCAGGUAUCCUCAGCAAUCCUGGCUACUGUGAGUACAUCAAAUUUGUCCUCCACUCUCUACAUCAGAUUUCCAUACAAUAUUGGAUGAAGUUCAAGGUCUCAGUCCUUAUUGUAAAAGUGCUCCAUGGCCUGGGCCCAGGAUAUCUAAAAUAUUGACUAAAACUCUGGGAUGCAAACCAUAUCUGAUGACUUCACUCUUUUAGAACAACAGAAUUUUCUACCAUAAUGGUAAAGCUCAGCUGUGCUGCAGAUGGAAGUUUCUCAGGGCCAGCCCAAGACUCUGGAAUGCCCUUUCCAGGAAUUAAGGACCAUUGCAAAUCUCAUCACCUUCUUUCCAUCCUAACAGCAAGGCACAUUUAUUUGACUUUGCCUUCUCCAACCAACAUAGAGCAACAUGUGUGUGUGUGUAAAAAUCCAAAAAAAACCUACCUCACUGCUCACAUUUCUCCAACUUGGGAGAUGAUGAGAAAAAAACAUGUGACAAACAUUAGCCAUGUUGCUUAAUGCACUAUUGGAAGGUGCUCAGAUCUAUGGUGAUGCCCUUAUUUAAACUAAACUUUUUGAUAAGGUCAAAACAGAAUUUCAUUCUGUGAGAAAUUUCUUUUUGUUUUUUUCGUUCUGAUUUGAAAUGAAAAAAAAAUCAAACUUUUGGAAUUUCCCAGGGAAUAAGAAUUCUGGGUUCUGACCAGGUCUAGUUAUAAUAUUUUAGUAACGGUAAUAAAACAUGAAUUAAUCUCUUCCAAUAAUAUAGCAUUUAGAGCCAUAAUCAGAUCUUGUGUAAGUGGCUUGCAACUCCACUGAAAUAAAAAAGGUUGUCCCUCCUUAUAACAGGAAUGAAUUUGGCCCUGUCUAGUUAAAAGCACAUUU